GGCCUGACUACGGGUAUUAGGUCCCAUAGUAACCGGCCCAAUGGUCGUUCUCAAGCUCCUCUUUGGUAUCAGGUUGCACUAUAGAUGGCGCUAAAAACUAUCACUAAUUUUCAGAGAAGGAAAUUUGUGCAUCCUAAUCCUUUAGGUUGACUGCUUCGUCUUUCUCAUUUUUCAUAUCUUUCUCACUCAUAUGCUUCGUCCGAUUAUCUUUCCCGUUCAUGCCGUUCAUGCAUUCAACAUGUUGAUGUAAUCGUUUAUGUAUACGCCGUUGAGUCCGAUUCGGUUAGAUUUGCCUAUGCACAAUUGAUACGAGUGAUCGUUCAUUACCAUCUACGCGUAGUGCUAAUUUUGAAAGGCAGGAAUUAAUAAAGUCAAAAGCAAUAUGAUGCAAUUCAUGUUACUGUUCAGCCGUCAAGGCAAGCUUCGGUUACAAAAAUGGUAUGUCGCUCAUCCGGAUAAAUUGAAAAAGAAAAUCACACGUGAAUUGAUAACUACGAUACUCGCACGUAAGCCAAAGAUGUCGAGUUUCUUAGAAUGGAAGGAUGUCAAAGUCGUUUACAAGAGAUAUGCAAGUUUAUAUUUUUGUUGUGCAAUUGAACAAAAUGACAAUGAAUUACUCACUUUGGAAAUUAUACAUCGAUAUGUUGAAUUAUUGGAUAAGUAUUUCGGCAGUGUAUGCGAAUUGGAUAUAAUUUUCAACUUUGAGAAGGCAUACUUUAUCUUGGAUGAAUUACUUGUUGGUGGUGAGAUUCAAGAAACUAGCAAAAAAAAUGUUUUGAAAGCCAUUGCUGCUCAGGAUUUGUUACAGGAGGAAGAAACUCCUCAGGGAUUUUUCGAAGAUCACGGACUGGGAUAAUAUUUUUUAAGACGUAUAUAAUUAAUCGUAAGUGUACAUUCCUGCACUUUUAUUCUACUGCUCUACGUUGACGCAACUUGUCUUGUUGUUUUGACUCGAAGAACAAGAUAAAUAUAUGUAUGUACGUUUUCGAUGCAGGUAUAUUCGCAUUUGUCAAAUUUAUAUUAUCUUUAUAUAUUAUUAUUAUACAGUCCAGAAUUUAUAUUAUCUUUAUAUAUUAUAUUAUUAUAUAGUCCAGAAACACAGACACAUAUAUAAAUCAUUCCAUAUUUUUUGAGGCUACAUAUCUCUUUGACUUUGAUACAUUUCAUGUGUUUUUUUACAUAUUACUCCUAUUAGCCACUUUAUUAGCCAUUUAUUGAUUUGCAUCAAUAAAUGAUAGAAUGACACAACUAAGCAUGUUCUAAUGUAGCAAAUAAGCAAAUUUGUUAUCCAACUAUUUUCUAUUUUCGUGUCUCUCAAAAAAAGAACAAAAAAAAAGAAAACACCUGUCUUAAGUAGCAAAAUAUACAAUUUGAGAAUUUGUUUUUUAUUGAGUAAGAGAAGAAAAUGUAAGAACAAAAUAUUUUAGAAUUAUCAACGCGAUAAUGUAAAAAUUCUAUGCUUUUUUGACAUAUCAUAUAAAAUAGAUAAGUAAGUUUUCGUUUAAGGCUCUUAUAUAUCUCUUAUGCUUCUCUUGAUUUUACCAACGUUGUUUUUACGAAAGAAAGUAAUAGCGGAAAUUUUGUACUUAUAUAAUAAUAUGAGACGUUAUAGUUAGGUGAAGUGAAGUUACAUAUAAGCUAUUCGAAUCAGGUUUAAAACUUUGUUUAUACACAAUCACUUGUUACGCGAGAUGUGAUGUAUUGUUAAUUAAAUAUCAUAUAUUCUGUAUUACAUAAUAUAUCAUUAAUGAAAUUCCGGGUAUUUCUCUGAACCUACAUAUGUAGAUACGCUACAAUGCUGUAAUAGUGUGUUCUACAAUAAGAUAAAUGUCGUCCCAUUUUUAAUUAAUGUUAAAGAGCAAAGUGGGAUAUAAUCUGUAGUACUAUCUAUACCAACGGAGGCAAGCUCUGUUGGAAUGUAUUGAGAGAUAUACGGACUGCGUACUGGAGAAAGAUGGGAAUCAAUAGCUGACAUUUAACGGUAUAUUCGAGGCAAUUUAUUAGUAAAUAUCAAAGUACGUAACGUUCUUAUUAUUGUCGAUAAUGUUAUUAUUGCAUACGCGAUGUUUUGUACUUUCUGUAUGUUAUUUACGAAAUAUUUUAUCAUUUUGGUAUUUACAUUCUCUCUAUCUCUUCAUUAUGUAUGAUUAUAUCUUUAUUAUACCUUGCAUAUGCACGCGCCCACACAAGUUAUACGAAGCUCGUUAAAUUCAUUUUCCUGGCAAUAAUUUGUUGAAAAGUCAAGUACAAUAAUGCGUAUUCCCAUUGUAGAAUCAUAUCGUAUUUUUGUGAAGCUUGAAACGUGCAUACAUGUGGCGUAGCGGAGGGACAAAGGUUAUCAAUUUUCCAAUAUCCAAUUGUUGAAAUCGAGAUAUUUUUUAACGUAAAUCGUUGUCGUUGAAUUGUGCGAUUGAAAUAUAUACAAUUUGUAUUGGAAAUCUCAAUUUCUACGCUCACAAGAUACUCGCCGUAUCAAAGAUCAGACAAUAAGUUAAGUAUGUACUAAAAUAAUCGCUUGUAGCAUUUACAUGUGUCACGACACGCGCGUAACAUAUAUUAUACUAACAUAUAACAUACACAUAUCCGAUUUUCAAUCUUAUGUGUUUACGAACAGUAUUUCUGUCUCGCUAUCAUGUAGAUUGAAAAUUGACAAAAACUCGAGGAGGGAGAUGUUAUAGUAUUAAACAAUAUAAAAAAAAAGCUUUACAGUAUAUCCCUCUGUCUUUUUAUAUAACUUUAUUAAAAUUUGUUAGACACACACACACACACACACAUAUACACACACACACACACACACACAUACACACAUGUGAAUAUCGAUAUUUGAAUAAUAUUAGACUACGUUAACGUACUUAAGAUCGUUUUACGUUUCAAGGCUCCUUAUCUUAUUUUUCGCGUUUUCUCCUUUUCUUCUUACAACCAGCAACACUUAACAUCACAACCUACAUUUAACACAUUUUGUACUCUAUUAAAAUUACGUAAGCGAAAUGUUAUACUUAUUUGCAUUAAGCUUACGGAUCAACGUUUAGCAUUAGUAUAUAUAUAUAUAUUUUUUUUUUCCCGGAAAUGAAUCAAAAGUAGUUGUUAAGUUAUCUUCACUUUGCUAUUCCCGCCGUAUUGGUAUUCGACAAAAGGAUAGAACAGACCAUAAGACUAUAAAUAAGACGUUAAGAACAUGAAAUAUGUAUUAUAUAUUAAGACCAAAUGUUGCAUUGACAAAAGACGAUGCUUUGUGCUCCGUCCAAGAUGAAUAAAAUGUAUUAAAGGAAAAAAAAACAUCUCGCAUGUAAUUAUGUUUUUCA